CGCAGCGAUCAGGCGGUGGUUAGACAGCUAAAUUGUUCAGUACCUACUACCUUGUAGAUCUCGUGGGGGAAACAUGGAUGAUGAGGAGGAAACCUACCGGCUCUGGAAGAUUCGUAAGACCAUUAUGCAGCUGUGCCAUGACCGUGGUUAUCUGGUAACGCAAGAUGAGUUGGAUCAAACGCUAGACGAGUUUAAGAGCCAGUUUGGUGACAAGCCAAGUGAGGGCCGUCCCAGAAGAACAGAUCUUACUGUGUUGGUGGCUCAUAAUGAUGAUCCUACUGACCAGAUGUUUGUAUUCUUCCCAGAGGAGCCCAAAGUUGGUAUAAAGACCAUUAAGAUGUACUGCCAAAGGAUGCAAGAGGAAAAUAUUACUAGAGCUAUUAUUGUGGUGCAGCAAGGAAUGACUCCAUCUGCCAAGCAGUCAUUGGUGGACAUGGCUCCCAAAUACAUUCUAGAGCAGUUUCUGCAGCAGGAGCUCCUGAUUAAUAUCACAGAGCAUGAGCUUGUUCCAGAGCAUGUGGUGAUGACUAAGGAUGAAGUUACAGAAUUGCUCGCCCGAUACAAACUGAGGGAAUCCCAGCUUCCUCGUAUCCAGGCUGGAGACCCAGUAGCACGAUAUUUUGGAUUGAAGAGAGGUCAGGUUGUUAAGAUCAUACGGCCUAGUGAGACUGCUGGCCGUUACAUCACAUACAGAUUAGUACAGUGAAGAGCUCGACAUGGACUGUUGUAGCAGCUUUGACUUGCUGCAGAUGUAUGUUGGGUAGCACGUGGUUGUCUCUUCUCAUUGGAAUUUACAUGGAUGGAUGAAGAUGGAUGAUCUGUCCAUUGGGUUCCUUUUUUUUAUUUUUAAGAAGAAGAAAAAAACAACCUUCCAGAGAGCACGCAGAUCAUGAUAGCUUCCCGUUCGUUUGUAGCUACGUUAGACCACUUGGCUAGAGGCUUGUUUCCCAGGUUCCAUUUACAAAGGAAAAUUCAAAGUGCAUAUUUUGUUUAAUAUAUAUAGAAAUAAUCUGGAAUUAAUAGGUGUUGCAGAUUUAGCUUUUAUAAAGUGAUUUCCUGCGUGACAUGUGAAAGUUCAGGGUAUAAAUAAAGCUGCACUUGUUUUAUUAAAGAAAA